AUGUGUUCAUAUGAACGAGAGGUAAAAAGGUUAGAACGCCUUGCCGAUGAAGUAAAUAGUGAUGAACUUUCACAGUUGACUGAAAGUGAUAAUGAAUCUUUGGCCGACGAAGACCAUAACCUUGUAAGUGACCAUGAAUUAGAUACUGAGCAAGAGUCGUUUUCAGAUGUAGAAGAACAAGCCAAUCUUUUGCGAAGAAGCAGAUAUAUCAAGAUCAGUACGACUACCACUGAAACAAAUACCACUGAAAUAAUGGCAUUACUAGGUCUGCUGUAUCUAGCAGGUUCGCAGCAUGGAGGACGAAAACACAUUGCUGAAUUUUAUAGCGACGAUGGCCUAGGAUGCGAAAUAUUUCCUGCUGCAAUGGCUCAAAGAAGGGUUAAAUUUUUGUUGAGAUGCCUACGGUUUGAUGACACAAACACCAGAGAGGUCAGAAAAUCCCAAGACAAUCUUGCUGCCGUAAGGGAAAUGAUGAUAAAGUUCAAUGAACAGUGCAAAGUACACUAUUCUGUUGGGGAGUACGUUACCCUUGAUGAAAUGCUACUUGCAUUUCGUGGGAGAUGCAGAUUUAAAAUGUAUAUCCCAAAUAAGCCAAAUAAAUACGGCUUAAAAGUGUUCUCAAUGGUCGAUUCUAGGACAUUUUACACAUCCCAUUUAGAAAUCUAUGCAGGGACUCAACUCGAAGGCCCAUUUAAAAUCGAUAAUUCAACAGCUGCUGUCACAGAGAGGAUGUGUAUGCACCUAUCCGGAUCUGGACGAAAUGUAACCAUGGAUCGUUGGUUUACCGGAUAUAAAAUAGCUAGUUUGCUAUUACGAGAGCAUCGCCUCACUGUAGUGGCAACUAUUCGGGCCAACAGAAGGGAAUUACCUUUAGAAAUAACACAGGUAAAGAACAGGAAAGUGAAUUCGUCGCUAUUUGCUUUUAGUAAAGACAUGAUGGCUGUUUCAUACGUUCCAAAAAAAUCAAAAAAUGUUUUAUUGAUUUCGUCAAUGCAUAAUGACACUGCUAUUGAUCAAAGUACUGGUGAAAAAGCUAAACCAGAAGUGGUCAGUUUUUAUAAUAUGACCAAAGGUGGUGUAGAUGUUGUCGACCGAAUGAUAACAGCAUACAAUCCAGCCAGAAGCACACGACGUUGGCCUAUGGUCAUAUUUUAUGGAUUGAUGAACGUCGCUGCGAUUAACGCUUUUAUAAUUUAUAAAGCAAAUAACCGUGAUGUAUUAUUUAAUUUAGAUUUUGUAGCCCAUUUAUCAUGGCACCCAAAAGAAAAUGCGUUUUUAAUCAAUCAUUACAAGAAGAAUUUCCAUUUAUUAAAAAAGGAAUAA